AUGGCCGAGACAGCUGCCUUCCUUGCCGUAUGCUUGCUAGUAGUGAACACAAUUUACUGUCUUCCUGCACACUCAUCGGGGACAAAAUAUUCUCCAACACCGACAGAAAAGUUUUCAAAACAUACAGUACUAGACCCAGAUGGAAAUUUUCAUUUAUUUUGGAAUUUCAAUGCCACUCAUAUAACGUUUGAAGCUCAUGUUAAAACACACGGAUAUGUUGGCUUUGGACUUUCUCCUAACGGAAAGAUGUACCCAGCAGACAUAGUCAUUGGAUGGGUAAAGCACGGGCAUGCAUUCUUGAAGGAUAGACACUCAAGUGGACAUUUUGAACCAGUCACUGAUGCGUCACAAGAUUGGAUACUUCUCCAUGGAGAAGAAAACCAUCAUGGAACCAUAAUCAAAACUGUCCGUAAACUGGACACGUGUGACGAUGAUGACGUCAAGAUAACCAACGACACCGUUCGGGUAAUCUACGCCUACAGUGACCAUGAACCUCAGCACGAGGGCGAAGGUCUUGUUUAUCAUGGGACCCACAGAGGCGCCAAAAGUCUCAUGUUAUUGACCGAAACCAAAAAAGCCGCCAUACCAAGUGACGUCACAACACGAGAUCUGCUUAAUAAUAGGUUUCUUGUACCAGAUGUUGACACUUUUUAUAUGUGUAGAGUAUUUGAUCUUUCUGACCUUGGAAAGAAACAUCACCUGAUAAAGUAUGAGCCAGUAAUACAGAAAGGCAAUGAGGAAGUUGUUCAUCAUAUUCUUCUUCACAAAUGUUCUGGAAUAGACAGAAAAUAUAUUGGCGUUAAUUUUGAUUGUAACAAUAGCCACAAUCCACAACUUAGAACAUGCAGCAAUAUCAUUCUGGCUUGGGCCAUCGGAGGAGAGGCGUUUUAUUACCCCGAGGAAGCGGGUCUUCCACUCGGAGAAAUAGGAGACAAUGACCUUUUUAUCAUGGAGACUCAUUUUAACAAUGCUGACAAGAGAAAUGAUUUUGUGGACAACUCUGGCUUUCGUCUAACCUUGACACCGACUUUGAGGAGACACGAUGCUGGUAUUCUGAUGGCGGGAUUGGGAGUCAAUGAUUUGCAGAUUGUUCCUCCAUUUGAAAAAGAGUUCCUAUCCAGUGGGUUUUGUACACAAGAGUGUUUGAAAAAGGGUCUUGACUCUUUCUCCGACGGAGUAAACGUAUUCGCAAUACUGGAACACGGUCAUUUGCUGGCCAGAAAAAUGAAGACUAGAAUUUUCCGUAAUGGGACGGAAUUAGAACCGUUAGCAGUGGACAAUAACUAUGAUUUUAAUUACCAAGAUUAUCGAUAUUAUCCCAAGCCUAGAAAAUUAAUGUCGGGCGAUGCCCUGGUUGUGGAAUGCAUUUAUGAUUCUUCACAAAAGUCUGCUGUUACUUAUGGAGGAUUAGCUACCACUGAUGAGAUGUGUCUAUCGUUUAUGGUUUACUAUCCACGGAUGGCCGUAGAAAGCUGUCAGAGUACACCAAUGUAUAACAGUAUCAAUAGAAAAGACUCUAGCGGACAUACAGUGGCGUCUUUCUAUGAUUGGACUUCGGCAACUUCCAGAACGUAUUUCAAACUUGCACUCUCAACAACAAAUCACUGGGCGGGCUGUAGUGGCUCAUCAUUGACCCCAGAAUACAGCCAUCAAGAACUUCAGAUGCUGUUCCCAGAUUCUCCGUACGUUGAGCCACCAUCUACAUGUCCUACGUCGAUGAAUGAAAAGAUGACGUCACUGCCGACAACACUUAAUCCAUGCGGUUCUCCUACACCGACGGAACAAUUUGACUUUCAGGAAAACAUUGAUCCCGACGGAAAAUAUAUACUGUUUUGGAAUGUGAACAAAACACAUAUAGUAUUUGAGGCACACGUGGAAACUAAAGGCUACAUCGGAUUUGGAUUAUCACCAAAUGGUAAAAUGUAUCCUGCUGACAUCAUAGUUGGAUGGGUUAAAGAUGGAGUUCCUCAUUUCAAGGACAUGCACAGUGUUGGUCACUCUAGACCUAUUGUGGAUUCGUCUCAAGACUGGCAUCUACUUUACGCAAAUGAGGACAGUUGUCGGACUUCCUUAAAAAUGGCCAGGAAGCUAGACACCUGUGAUGAUAAAGACUUCAAAAUCACGGAUAAUACAGUGAAAGUUAUUUACUCAUACCACCAUAAUGAUCCUGCUAGCCAUGACACCAUUAUGUAUCACGGAGUCAAUCGCGGGGUCAAAAGUCUAUUGCUUCUGUCCAAAAUAUCCCCUCCAGUUCUAGAGAGCGACUCAAAAGUCAUUGAUUUUUUCAACAAUAACUAUCAUGUACCUGCUGUUGACACGACGUACAGCUGCCGAAUCUUUGACUUUUCUACUCUUCACAAAAAGCACCAUCUAACAAAGUUUGAGGUGGUUGUACAGAAAGGCCAUGAAGUUUUGGUGCACCACAUGGUAAUGUACAAGUGUCCAGGAAUCAACAGAAACCUUAUAAACUCACCUAAUUACGUUUGUCACGACGAUCCGGACAAGUCUAAACAUCCCUGUGGUAACAUCAUCGCCAUCUGGGCCGUUGGAGGAGAGGCGUUUUACUUCCCUGAUGAGGCUGGACUUCCGGUGGCUGAACCCGGGGAUACAGAUCUGUACAUCAUGGAAACCCAUUACAAUAACCCAGGAUUAAGAAAUGACUUUGUGGAUAGUUCUGGGUACCGGUUGACCGUGACCCCCACCCUGAGGCUUCAUGACGCAGGUGUUCUGCAAGUAACAGCCAUGGUUGACCAGAGUCAAGUGAUUCCUCCUUAUCAGCCCAAUUUUAUCUCAACUGUCUUCUGUAACGAAUCUAUUUUACAUCAGGGUCUAAAAGACUUUCCAAAUGGUAUCCAUAUCUUUGGAGUCCAGCAACACGCCCAUCUACUCGGCAAGGCGAUAAAAACACGACUUAUUCGAGGUGGAGUGGAACAGAAACCGUUAGCAGAUGACAGACACUAUGACUUUAAUUAUCAGGAUUUCCGUAGAACAAACAGAACACUAAGAGACGGCGAUAGCAUUAUUUUGGAGUGUACAUAUGACUCAACAGGAAGGACCAAUGUAACAUAUGGGGGCUUUUCUACAAGUGAAGAAAUGUGUGUAUCCUCCUUAUUCCAUUACCCACGUACAAGACUGUUUGCCUGCCUUAGUAAACCACUGUAUGAUCGACUCCACGACAACAUAAACAAACAGUGGGGUUAUCUUGCACCACUGACAUCUAAGUUUAAUGCCUUUGACUGGAAAAACGCAACUGUGUUCCAAAAGUUUAAUGAAAGUCUGGCCAAUGACUCUUACUUCUUCAUUUACGGACAUGAUAAAACUGUGUAUAACUACAGUGUCUUCCAUCCCCAGACUAUUUAUCCUACAGUACCUUACACAGAGCACAUAGACACAAACUGUACUGUUUAA